CGAAUUCCGAUUCCUCCAGAGGUGAUUCAUCCUGCAAGUCCAAGGACGAAGAUUCCGAAUAAAAGAGGUGACGCAAUUUUUCCAGACACAUUCGACCACUCGCAGUCGCAGACGCAAUAAGGAUGAAGUUCUUGGCGGUAGUGCUUCUGGCGGCCCUUGCUUGCGCUUCUCCUGUCGAGAAGCGAGAGGCGGACGCCGACCCUAGCUUCCCCAUCUACGGUCAUGGUUAUGGCUACCCUGCUUAUUACCGAGGCUACGGCUACCCAUCCAGUUAUGGCCUCCGCCUUCACAAGAGGUCUGCUGAUCCCGAACCUGAAGCCGAUGCAGAGCCUUCCUACUUGUACAGUCACCACCGCCCCUACUCUGUAGGCCAUAGCUACGUUCGCCCUUACACCUACGGCCACUCCCACGUCCUCCACAAGAGGUCGGCAGAACCAGAAGCUGAAGCCUCCAUUGUUUACCCGCACACGUACUCCUAUACCCACGCCACUCCAUACGCCCCUUAUGGCUAUCCCUACAGCUACGGCUAUGGCUACGGCAGGGGAUAUGGAUAUUAACUCUGAAGACACUUCGUCGUUUGCUGUCGUUAUCAGUAUGGAUCUUGACUUCACUUUUUGGAUUACUUGAUACUAGAAUGAAAUAUGUGCUUUCAGAAUUCUCAAACAUUCAGUCUAAAUAAAGAAUCUGAAUUUU